AUGACAGCAGACAACUCAAAAACAGAGUUAUAUGGAGGUGCAAUAACGAUAAAUAAACUUCCAUCAUCAUUCAUAGACGUAUCUCAAAUAAGACAAAUUCCUGACACUCAAGAAGUAUUUAUAAACGAGAUCAACAAUACAUUAUCAUACGAUCAAUCAUUAAUUUUUGACAUUCUAGAACAAGUUGAAUCAACUAAUUAUAAUACUGCAAUUGAGGAACAUUUACUAGAUAUUGCUCCGCCAAAUACAAAGAAUUAUCCAAUUGAAGAAUUUAAAGAUACUAUUGGUGAGAAAUUUUUUAGUUAUGUCUUUUUCAAACCUGAGUUUAAAAGAACGGAAGACAAUCAAUCAAAAUUAAAUAUUAUAUUGAUUUGUUUAAUUAGGAUUAAUAAAGUGAAGACUGAUAUUUUGAUACAAUAUAAUUUACCACUCAAACUGGAUUUUAAAAUUGAAGAAAUUAAUUUGAUCAACCCAAAGAAUGAAGUUGACCAAUUGGUCAUUGAUCUGUUUAAGUUUUUUAAAGAAAUUUGCUUAAGUUUUACUAUUGAAGAUUGGAAUUUGUUCGGUUAA